AUGGGGGCAGCUGAUAAGGCGGCAUUGGAGAAUCCGAAAGACAGUUGUGAAGCAGAGGAAGUGGGUGGUGCGAACGAGAAGCUUGGAGCGGUUGAAGCCGUUGCUGAUGGAGUAACAGUGGUGGGUGUGGAGAUUGUUGGUGGCUUUGAAAGAGGUGAGGCUGUUGGGAACGAGAAGCCUGAAGAGGAACUCGAGAAGCUUGGGAAUGAGGGUGUGGUUGACGCUGAAGACGACGAAGCAGAGCUGAACGAGGGUGUUGAAGAAACUGUGGAAGAUGAGCCAAACAGGGAAGAGGGCGCGCUGUGUGUGAAGGAAGAUGAGCUAAACAGAGAUGAAGCAGAAGCGGAAGCGGAGCCAAUCAGGGGUGAACUGGCUGCCGAUACAGUUGCCCCGAACAAGGACGAAGAGGUGGACGACGGUGCUCCGAAUAAAGUAGAAGCGGAAGCGGAAGCGGAGCCAAUCAGGGGUGAACUGGCUGCCGAUACAGUUGCUCCGAACAAGGACGAAGAGGUGGACGACGGUGCUCCGAAUAAAGUAGAAGCGGAAGCGGAAGCAGGCGCCGAUGCGGAUGAGCCAAACAGGGGUUGGGAUGGAGAUGAACCAAACAGCGGAGUUGAAGCCGAGGAGCCAAACAUGGAUGAUGGAGCCGAGGUUGCUGCUGAGGACCCGAAUCCAAAAGAAGGGGCGGCAGCAGAGGAGGCUGCGGUGGCGGUGGAGGCUCCGAAUCCGAAUCCGAAAGAAGGGGCCGGGCCGGAGCUAGGGUUAGAGGACCCAAAAGCGGGGGCGGGGGCGGGAGCGGAGGGGGAGGCGGUGGUGUUAAUGGAUAAGGGGAAGGGAGAUGAGGAGGAGGAAGGGUUUGAGGAAGUGGAGGCACUGAAGGAGGUUCCGAAUGAGAACCCGGAGGUGGAGGUGGCGGCUUGUGCGGCAGUGGAUCCGAAUGGGGAAGGGAGGACCCGAGUAAGAACCCGGUUGAGGUGGCGGGGGAAGAGGCAGGAGGGUUGGUGA